GAGCUCGCGCCGGGGAGGGGAGGAGCGCGCCUCCCGCGCGCCGCCUGGCCGGGCGGAAAGUUUUUCCUGACGGAGUUUUGGUGGCGGCGGCGGCGGCCGGAGCGGGCCAUGGACGCCCUCAAGUCCGCGGGGCGGGCGCUGAUCCGGAGCCCCAGCCUGGCCAAGCAGAGCUGGGGGAGCGGCGGCCGGCACCGCAAGCUGCCUGAGAACUGGACGGACACUCGGGAGACUCUGCUCGAGGGGAUGCUCUUCACCCUCAAGUACCUGGGCAUGACGCUGGUGGAGCAGCCCAAGGGCGAGGAGCUGUCGGCCGCUGCUGUCAAGAGGAUCGUGGCCACGGCUAAGGCCAGCGGGAAGAAGCUGCAGAAGGUGACUCUCAAGGUGUCGCCGCGGGGAAUUAUCCUGACUGACCACCUUACCAACCAGCUCAUUGAGAACGUGUCCAUUUACAGGAUCUCCUACUGCACAGCAGACAAGAUGCACGACAAGGUGUUUGCAUACAUCGCCCAGAGCCAGCACAAUGAGAACCUUGAGUGCCACGCCUUCCUCUGCACCAAGCGGAAAAUGGCGCAAGCUGUCACCCUCACUGUGGCCCAGGCCUUCAAAGUCGCUUUUGAGUUUUGGCAGGUAUCCAAGGAAGAGAAAGAGAAGAGGGAGAAAGCCGGCCAAGAGGGAGGGGAUGUCCCAGGGGCCCGCCAUGACAGCACCCCCUCGUUGAAGAGCCUGGUUGCCACUGGGAACCUGCUGGACUUGGAAGAGACGGCCAAGGCCCCACUGUCCACAGUCAGCGCUAACACCACUAACGUGGACGAGGUACCGCGGCCUCAAGCCUUGAGCAACAACAGUGUUGUCUGGGAGCUGGAUGACGGCCUGGACGAAGCGUUCUCCAGGCUUGCCCAGUCUCGGACGAACCCUCAGGUCCUGGACACUGGGCUGACAGCGCAGGACAUUCAGUAUGCCCAGUGCCUCUCGCCUGUUGACUGGGACAAGCCUGACAGCGGCCUGGCAGAGCAGGAUGACCUCUUCAGCUUCUGAGGACCCGGGCCCAGCAGGACACAGCCAGCCCUGACACGUGAUGGACCAAAGCCAUCUGCGGCGGGGGAGCCAGCCCCAGGACCCGCCGCCAGCCACCUCUCCGGGCCUGCGGCACCGUCAGCCUACAGAUCAAAGCUGCAGCCAGUCAAGCAGGGGAAAGAGAUUUUUUUUAAUCCCUGCUAUUUCUCUAAGAACUGAAAGAUGCCUUGAAUAUUUAUUCAGUGACUUCUGGUGUGUGCUCAGAAGCCAGUUUGCGUCAGGCACAGCACCGGCUGUGUGACGUGUGCAGUGCCGCAUCCGGCUCCUGCUCUCUCUUCUCGAGCAAGCUCUGCUCUGGCUGUGGGUGUCAGGACAGUGACCAAAGCAUUUCUUGUCCCUUCUCUCCAAGGACCCAAUUUCCAUGGAGGCAUCCCUGCUCCUUACUGAAAGCAGUCAGAUUCUGUCGUCGUUUGAGCACAGGAGGACACCCUCAGCCUUGGGAAGGGACUGUCCUCUCGCUCACCUUCCUCAGGGCCCAGUAGCCCGGCUGGAGCCCCUGGACCCUGAGGCUUUCAGAAAUGGAGGGGCAGCUCCUGACCAAAGACCGCACACAGCUUGGCACUUUAAAGUACACAGCAGGUGUGGCCCCUGGGGGCUGCUCGAUGGUGCUGCAUUAAUAGAGCUUUCUCUCUGCCCUUUCUUCGCAAGAAAGGGCCCAAAGUCCCUGUGGAUAGUCCCUGCCAGUGCUGGGAACCAGUGUAACUGCCUGCCCACGAUUCCCAGAGCCUGACUGCAACCGUGGGGAUCCUCUCCGUGACUGCCCUCCGUCACGGUCCCCAUCCCUACCUUCUCCCCUCCCGCAGGUCGUGCCCGCUCCUCUGUUUUGUCCGUGUGUCUGCGUAUGAGUGUCUCUGAGCCCCACCCCUGUACUUCUGGGAGGGUGUGUGAAACCUAACACCUAGGUUCAUUUAGAAAUAUUUUAUGGCCGUUUUACAGAUGAGGAAACUGAGGCCACAAGCAUGGAGGGGGCAGAGUCAAGAGUAGAACCCAGAUCUGAUGCCAAAGCUGCUUUCUCUGCCUCCACCUCUCACAACUCACACCUCCUUUUUUUCUAGCUUUGUUGUCCUCCGAGGAACCAAAAAACCCCAGCUAUUUUCUGACCAAAAUGUGUUUCAUAACAAACCAUCUGGUGCCUUUCCACACAGAACUGGCAUAAGCCUCCGUGCCCUGCUAGCUGUCUUGCUGUUGAUUUCCAUAAAAAUGCAAGUGUUUGAAGUCUGCUAAUUCAGAGGGUGAAACAAAAUCAAACUCUGCAAGCAUCGCGCUGUUCUCUUUCCUGACACUGUGACCGUGGUCGGGACACAGCAGCAGCAGCCUGUCUUUAGAAUCUCUCUCCUUUCUCCUCUUACCCCGUGGGGCUCCUGGCGUCCCGAAGCCCAGCAAAGCUGCGAGCAUCUUUUCCAGCCUGAGGUGCCUCCCAGUGGCCUGGCUUGGCGGAGCAAGUUUCUCAAGCCCCAGGACACACAGCAUUUCUCAGACUCAGCUUACCUACUAAGCGUGUGAAUCGGAGCACAUUCGAUGGGAGAGCCUGGGGGAGGGUGGGGUGGGAUUGUCGGGUCUUCAUCAGAAUGUGAGGGUAACUCCUUUCCCCAUCUGUGCAGCCCCCUUCUGCCCCAGGCCUCCUUGGUUUCAGCCUCUGCAUUUGCCAUAAGGCACCAGGUCGGGCAUCACGCAGGCCGUCCUUGGCCCCCGGGGUGUUGGGGUCCCGAGAAGGACCGCUGUGUUCUGCAAAGGCCACACUGUAGCUUUUGUCUCGGUCUCUUGUCGAGCUGUCUGUGUGUUUCCUGUGCAUCCGCAGAUAGGUUUUGUUGUGCUUUACUCUGUGAUGCUGUAAAGAAAGUUCUAAUGAAAAAAGCUAAUAAAUGUUCU